AUGAUGGUGGAGAUUGCGCCUUUAGGGAGAUCCAAAGUCAUCCUUUACGGCAUCGCGGAUUACCGGGUCGUCAUCAUACAUCAGGCACCGUUCAUUGACGCGAUGUACGAAUGGCAAAAUUUGUUUCUGAUCGCCGCAGGCAUCGAAAUGAACAAUGUCGAUGGACGCGUUUCAUACGAUGCCAAGUCGACUGCUCAGUCAUCCAUCGACAUCUUAUCUGCCUCAGUCCCCGAGCCAACCCCGCUUUACAAUACCACCAUCAAGUCAUACUCCGAUCUUUCAGGGUCCCAAUCCAACAUAUGCCCUGAGUAUCCCGACGGCAAGUCCAGCCUCACAUCGCAACGGCUAAAACCACCCCCGAAAGGCGAGCCUGAACAAGUGAUUACUCCCGAGACGGUUUCCUCCUGCACUUUGCAUCUUGAAUCUACCCCCUUCUUACCUAGGCCCGGGCCGGGGGGGGCGCACCAUUCUGUGCCUCAGGCCCAAGACAAUGGCCUGGCACCUGCUGAUCAGGGAGGAAAGUUGAAGACGGUGAUACGGAGACUACGGAGCAGAUCGUUGGGCAAAUGCCUAACGCAGUAUCGACGGUUACGUAAAUCACUCCAGAAUUUACGGUUGACUUUUUGUGAUGUGAUGUUUGUCGUGAUCUAUGCGUCAUCGAUUUUGGACUGGACAAACUCUAGAUUGACCCCCCGCACCCAGUUUGCGGCCAUAGGAGUCAUCUACGAGAUCCCACCAGGAAAGGAUGCGCUAAGUGAUUCAACGGGUUUCUCGCUCGUGGAGGACCACACCCAUACGGUGACUUCACGAAGUCGUCUCACAGGCAAACGUUACGAAAUGAAAGAGCCAAUACUGUCUGGCCAAUUUAUCGCCUGGUGCGUUGAGGCUGCCGGCACCCCAGGAAAACCACCCGUCGUUUGGGGGGAUAAGCAGUUGCUGGAGAGUCUGUAUAUGGCUAGGGAGUUCUUUGAUCGGCGGUCGAGUUGGGGUCGGGUAGGCUUAUUCAAAACGCUCGCGAGCACGGAAUCAGAGGCCAGCCAGGCCGUAUUUUGUUUUGGGGCAAUUGUCAUUGGCUGGUCCCGUAGAGGUAUCAUUGCACCCCGACCGCUUCGCUCCCUACGGCCGGGCAAAUAUCACGCUCGGUGUGAUCCCAUGCGACCGGAGAUCCUCACACUUAUUCUAUUACCAUCUUCCCCUCCCCCUCCCCCGAUCUGCAUGAUUUCCAGAAAGCAUCAGAAGUGUGGCGAGGACAUUCGUACGCAGGAUGGAGAAGGCUUUGCACUCUGUGUCGAGGGACUUGCUGUGGGGGGACACGUUAAUGGAAUUGGAUAA